CUGGCGCGAAACAACUAGAGUUGGGAUUGGGAACUCCUUUCCACUGAGCCUAAACGAGCCAAUGUUAAAAGUACAUUAUACCACAGUUCAGCCAUUUAAACGGGUCAAACAGUAGAAGUGACUACAGCGCUAGAAGAAGUACCUCUCUGGAUUUUAAACAAGAACAACUACUCUUGUCUAUGCUGCUGCCGACUAACGCCAGAUGACAGAAUGCCUUCACUGACUCUUAGCGGAGUGACUGUAAAUUUCCCCUUUUCUCCCUACGAAUGUCAGAAGGCAUACAUGAACAAAGUGAUCGAAUGUCUUCAGAAGAAAGUCAAUGGUGUUCUGGAGAGCCCCACAGGCACAGGUAAGACUUUGUGCCUGCUGUGCGCCACCCUGGCCUGGAGGGAGAACUUCAAGGACACCAUCUCUGCUCGGAAGAUAGCAGAGAGGCUGGGCAAGGAGAUGUUUCCAAACACACCUCUGUCUUCCUGGGGGACAGCUGCCACUGACGGUGACAAACCAACUUACUACACUGAUGUCCCCAAGAUUGUAUACGCAUCGAGGACACAUUCUCAGCUUGCACAAGUUAUUAGUGAGUUAAAGAACACUUCAUACAGGCCAAAGAUGUGUGUGCUGGGCUCAAGAGAGCAGUUGUGUAUUAACCAGGAAGUCAUGCGUCAGGAGAGCAACCACGUCAAAGUUCAUAUGUGCAGAGGCAAAGUUUCCACCAGGUCAUGUGUCUACUACAACAACGUUGAAGAUAAGAGCACUGACAGAGAUUUGGUUAAUUCUAUCCUCGAUGUGGAAGAUUUGGUCCAAUUUGGCACCAAACAGAGAGUCUGUCCCUACUACCUCUCCCGUUCACUGAAACAACAAGCAGAUGUCAUUUUUAUGCCAUACAACUACCUGCUAGAUCCAAAGAGCCGCAAGGCACACAAUAUCGACCUGAAUGGAGCUGUGGUUAUCUUUGACGAAGCUCACAAUGUGGAGAAGACAUGUGAAGAAUCAACAUCGUUUGAUCUGACUCCCUAUGAUGUGGCCUCGGCCAUCAAUGCUGUGGACAGGCUGCUUGUGGAGCAGGCUAAAGAAAUCAGCCACAAAGACUCUGUGAGUGAAGAUGUCAACGUGGAAUCCCUCAGCUCUGGUUUAAAAUUAGAUUUGUCCACCAUCGCUAAAAUCAAACAGAUACUACUGGAUCUGGAAGCUGCCAUUGAUUCCUAUGAUGUUCCAAGUGAUAAAGGCAUUACCAAACCUGGAAUUUUCAUCUAUGAGGUGUUAGAAAGAGCUCAUCUGACCUACAGCAACAAGACGGCAGUCUAUGAAGCUCUGGAGCAGAUCAGUGGAUACCUGGCAGGACAGCCCGGAAUAUUCCUCAAUACAAGUGGACUCCAGAAGCUGUCUGAUAUCAUACAGCUGGUAUUUUGUGGUGAACCGUCAGAAAAGGACAGACAGCACCAGAUGGAGACCAACACGGCUCAUUUUAAGGUUCAUAUCCAUCGGGACACCAGCGUUCACAAAAAGAAACAGAGUGUUGACGUGUGGGCUUCAUCUUCAUCAAAAAAACAAGGCAAUAUUCUGAGUUACUGGUGCUUCUCUCCGGGCUUCAGUAUGCAGGAUCUGGUGAAUCAAGGUGUUCGCUGCAUCAUUCUGACCAGUGGUACCCUCUCUCCCCUGUCGUCUUUCACAUCUGAGAUGAGAAUAGAAUUCCCAGUACGUCUGGAGAACAACCAUGUGAUUGAGCGGGACCAGAUCUUUGUGAGCAUCAUUGCACAAGGGCCUGAUGGAGCGCAUCUAAGUUCAGCGUUUGAUCGGAGGUUUGUUCCUGAAAACAUGGCGUCUUUAGGCAACACUGUUGCUAACCUGAGCCGUGUGGUUCCUCAUGGACUCUUAGUAUUUUUCCCUUCCUUCCCUUUAAUGGAGAAAACAUUGGAAUUCUGGAAAGCUAACGGACAUGCAAACCGCAUUGAGAACAUAAAGCCCAUGUUUGUUGAACCUAAGGGGAAGGGCACCUUUAAUGACGUUAUUGAUGGUUAUUACAGCAAAGUCAAUGAUCCGGCAUCCAAAGGAGGAUCCUUCUUUGCUGUGUGUCGAGGGAAGGCGAGCGAGGGUCUGGAUUUUGCAGACACCUAUGGUCGGGGUGUCAUCAUCACUGGCCUUCCUUUCCCUCCAAAGAACGACCCUCGAGUCAUCCUGAAAAUGCAAUUUUUGGAUGAGAUGAAUCGAAAGAAAGCUCCAGGGCUCAAGUACUUAUCAGGGCAAGACUGGUACAAACAGCAGGCUUUCAGAGCUGUGAAUCAGGCCAUCGGUAGAGUGAUUCGUCACAAGGAAGACUAUGGAGCGAUCUUCUUGUGUGAUCAGAGAUUUAAAAGUGCCGAUGCCCGGGCUCAGCUUCCAUCGUGGGUGAGGUCGUAUGUGCGCCUCUGUGACAGCUUUGGCAACGUGGUCCGUGAUGUCUCGCAGUUCUUCAGGAUUGCACAAAAAUUGAGGCCUGUGGUUGAGAAGAAGGCUCCAGCAGACAGCUGUGCGACUGUGUGUUCAUCAGACACUCAGUCCUCCAGUUUCACCUCUUGCUCCUCCUCACAAAAGUCUCACACCCAGAAGGCCAAAGUGCUGGACACCUGCCUUCCCAGCCUGAAGAGGAGGAGACUCGAUGAGAACAGUGGAGCCAGUGGAAUGGCCAGUAUCUGCCAUGAGUAUGAGAGUGAGGUGCAGGACAGUCAGAGGAGACCAGCCAACCUGCUGGAUGCUUUGGAGCAAGGCAACCACGGCACUGGAGAGGACAGUGAUUUUACCAUGGGAGAGGAAAAGGCAAAUCAUUUGUCCACACUGUCUCUUCAAUACGAUAAGAGGAUGGAGGACGAGUUGCGGGGUGGAAAACGUAAAAUCAAGUUGGUCCAAGAACAGAAGCCGAGUGUCUCUGAGGAUUUGUCUGAAGAAGGAAAGGCGAGCAGGGCUAAGAAAUUCCUGGCGGACAUGAAGAAGUCCCUGAGUCAGGUCAGCUUUGACCGCAUCAUACAGGCUCUGCAGACCUACAAAAAGACCGACGACCUGGAUCACCUGCUGACUGAGGCAGCAAUUUUAAGUGAAGACGCUAAUACUCAGAGUCUCCUCCGUGGCUUCUACCAGUUUGUUCGCCCACAUCACAAAAAGAGGUUUGAUGAAAAUUGCCAGGAGCUGACAGGGAAGGGCUGUGGAUACAAACCUGAUCACACUCUGUCCAAGGAUGACAAGAAGACUGUAAUGCUGCAGAACGGUUCUGCAUCAAAGAAUGAAGUCCACACUACCUUUCUGACUGAUGUGAAAAAAGCUCUUGGAGCAGAGAGAUCGACACAGCUCUUUCAGGCUAUUCACACCUACAAAAACACAGACAACUAUGAAAAACUGGUGACCACAGCAGUGAGCUUAUUCACUGAGAGAGAUGAGAACUUCGGCCUUCUUGUCAGAUUUGGUAUGUUUAUUCGUCCUAACCACAAGAAGCAGUACAAAGACAUGUUGGAUGGCUUGAUAGGUCAGCCAGCCUCUGCUCCUGAUGUUCCUGUUAUGAUUGAGGAGCAGCAGGAACAACCUGAAGCUUCGCUGUUGUCUCCUUUGAGGUCCCAAAGCAAGAUUUCCAGUUAUUUCUCAAGCAGCCAAAGAAGAUAGAAUGCAAGUGAAUACUAAAUGAAUGGUCCAGAAUUCCUUAUGGAGUUCAGGUAUCAUAGUUCAAACUAACGUGAGUUAAAUUUCUGUCUGUUGUCUUCAGUGACCAUCCCAGGAACAAGUCUGUUCCUCUGCUGAGUAGUUUUUUUAACUUGUUCUUGAUGUUUUGAAUGUAACUGUAAAGAA